AACGACAUGUUAAAUGAUAUACAAUUUUAUGAAGUCAAGUUUUUCAUACCAGAUGAAGAGGAUGGAAGAUUUAUUUCUUUAACCAUUACUUCAGAAAUGAACGAGAAUAGUUGUCGUUACAAUGGACGUAUAAAAAAACAAAAAUUUAAAAUAUGUGAUAGUUAUUUGGAUAAGGGCAAAGAAAUAAUUGAAUUGUCAUCUUUGGAAGCGCCGUUAGAUCUAAAAAUGUGCGAAUUCAAUGUAGGAAUGGCAAGUCUUUAUCCAUAUUCUACUAUAAAGAACAAAGAGCAUCUCAAAACAUUUGACCCGCUGUGUAUAGAUGAUAUGAAUGGAUCUGACGUGGAAAUCAUUAAAAUCAUAGCGAACUAUUUCAAUGCGACUUUAAAUCUAUAUUUUGUUAAGAGGAAUGAAGAAAACCCAUAUUUUGAUGAUGAAUACCUAAAGUUUGUGAUCAAUGGAUCUUUAGACGUCUGCCUAGGUGGUCUCUACAAAAUCUAUGGUGACAAUAUCUCUUACUCCGGUAUUUACUCGAGCCAAGCUAUCGUUUGGGUAUACACUGUGGAAAGAAGUACAAGAUCUUGGCAAAAGCUUGUUGGAAAAACGCAUGGCCUGUACAUAUUCCUAAUAUUUUAUAUACUGUAUUCAAUAAUAUGGAGGAUUGUUACUAAAUUUGAUGGUAAAGCAGCUUCGAUAACGGACACCCUUUUAUAUAGUUGGGGAGCCCUUGUAGGAGCGACAUCUUUGCAAGAUGCUAGAACGGUGAAACAAAGAAUUCUCAAUAUCUUAUACCUAGUCAUGAGUUUAUACUUAUCUACUUAUGUGAGCUGCCAGAUUUAUUCCUACCUUACCAUUGAAGAACCACCGCCACAUUACAAAACAGCAGAUGAACUUAUAACAUCAGACAAAACGCCAUAUCUGGUUCCUGUAUCAAAAUAUUUCGUUCAAGAUAAGAAACACGAGGCAUUUGCGAAUACGUCUUGUGAUUGCACAAAUUUUAACGACUGUGAAGUAAAAUUGAUCAAAUAUAAUGCAUCAACAAUUCUUAUAGAUGGACAUUUGCCUCUUUUGCAGGCAAGAACAGCUGUUGAUGAUGAAGCAAGGGUUUUGAGAGUUUCCAAUGAGAUUCUAACAAUUUAUCAUGAAAUGAUUAUUAGGAAGUAUAGUCCCUUUGUAAAAACUUAUCAGAAGGUAACGCAAAGACUGUUUGAAUCCGGAAUUUGUCGGAAGCUGUAUGAAGCAGCUAUUGGGAUCACGGUGGUCGAUAGAGCUAAAAUUGCAAAUAAGAAUAUUUUGUCUAAUAGUUACAGUUGCACUGUCGGUUGCAAAAUUACUCUUUCUCAGUUAGCUGGUAUGUUUUAUCUUUGGAUUCUUGGGUGUAGUAUUUCUAUCUUGAUCUUUGUUAUGGAGAUCAUAGUUCAUAGAGAAAGAGCAAUGUAA